AUGUCUGACAUCAACCACCCCGCCGUCUCUGCACACAGUGCCGAUCAUCCACCCUCUGCGCCAAGCGGAUACUCGGCCCCUGUAGCCGACGACGCUGCCGUUGCUGGAGCUGCCAUCGCCGCCAACGAUUCAACAACCAGCGGCCUAACCACCGACAACCCCGCCGCCGGUACUUCCAACGGCCCAGAUCAAGGAUCUCCCGACGCAACCACUACAGAGUCCCUGCAAACUGCUCAACAGACACUCAAUCCUCGUCCAUCGUUCAUCCGCCACUGCCCGUCGGCAACGAACCGCCACGCGUACACGAAAAAGACCGGCAAGAAGCUCGCACCCCUUCUCAUCGACGAGUCAGGUAUGGGACCGCGCUUCCACCUCCUCAGCAACGAGCUAUUCUCUUCCCGGAUUCCUGGGGCUCCCCCCACGGAGGCUGAGCGAAGCAAGUUCAAGUCGCCCAGACUCUGGAAGGGCAUGCUCGAGAAGGAAAUCUAUCCACAACUGGGUAAGGUCAUACAGUCCGUACUGAAGGCGGCUGGAUGCAAGAACCUGCGGUUCCUGGACACCGCGAACCACAAGGCGAACGACGGGAAUAGCGGGCGGAAGGAGACGUUCAACGACGCAGGUUUCUACCUGAACACCCGACUUGCGCGCGAUGCGACGACGUUCACAGCGAAGCACCGGAAGAGGAGCAAGAUGAGCGAGAAGGAGCUGGAGACUCGGCUUCUGGGGCUGCGGUCAUGGCACUGGAUGGACGUGCCGAUAGAGGUCAAGGGGAACGAGAAGGAGUCCGCGUUCUACUUCAGGUCGAAGCCGAGGGGUGUAUGGCCCCAGGGGGAGAUGGAAGCGGCGGACGUCAUGGAGAAGACAGAGGGAGAGGCCGAGGACGGCGAUAGGGAUGGGGCGGAGGUCAUCGGAGACGGGACCGAUGCCGAGGAUGAGGAGGAUGAGGAGGACGUCGAAGAGGAUGGUGAGGUGGAAGAUGACGAACAAGGCAGCGAGAUCGAAGACGACGAAGAUGGCAGCGAAAUGGGCUCGGACUACGGCGAAGACGACGGCGAAGAGUACAGCGAGGUUGAUGACGACGAAGAUGCUGACGGGGCUGACGAAGAAGAAGCAAAUGAACAGCACGGCGUCGAUGAAGGAGAGGAGCAAGAAGACUCCCAAGCGAAAUCCACCGAUGUGCCCCAGCCAGAGACCGUGAAGAGGCACGUACCGCCGUUCAUCAAGCUGUCCGAUAAAGGCGAGAAAGCCCUGGGUCAGUUCGUUGAGUACAUGCUCAACGUAUUCAAGCACCAGCACCGCACCUUCUGCUACGCCGUCUACGUGUGCUUCGACAUGGCCCGCCUCCUCUUCUUUGACCGCUCUGGUGCCUACGUCUCGGAGCCGUUCAGCUGGAGGAAGCCGACAUCGCUUCUCCACGAGUUCGUCUGGAAGCUUGCUCAGCUCGCGAAGGCGGGAUUGAGAGAAUCGAUGGGGCGCGACACUACGGCCAAUGUUGUCAACAAGAGGACACGAAGGAAAUUCCUUAGGGAGGCAAGGAGAGCCGAACUGCCCUCUCACGUCCGGGAGGGACUCAAGAAGGCGGCCGAUGGCAACUGUCCGCUGUACAAGCUCGAGAUUGAGUAUACGCCUCCGUCUCCCGAGGAGUGGUUCCCCGACGAACCAUUACCUGAUAAGCCACGUCCCUCGCCAUCUGCAACCCCCGCUCCCGCUUCAUCGACGAGCUCCGGCUCCCCGCCUCCUGGCAAGAGCAAAGCUGAUUCUCCGGUCCGCAAGUUCAUUGUCGGUCGCCCACACUUUUCGGCGGACGCCCUCGUCGGUCGGUGCACGAAGGGCUUCAUGGCCUUCGACGUGACUAAUCGGAAGAAGUGGGUCCCUUGCUUCGUGAAGGACUCUUGGCGUCCGUAUGUUCCCGGUCGCACACGGCCGGAACACUUGGUCUACGAGCGGCUUCAACGGAAGGGCGUCACUCCUGAGGAUGGGAUCGCGACGUUGAUCUGCGGCGGCGACGUCGGGGGCAGUAAAGCUCAGUACACUCGAGUCCAAGACGAUCUGCCGGACGAGAACAGACCCGUCCGCCGCCUGCAUUAUCGGGUCGCUAUUGCGGAGAUUGGUUUGUCAGUCUCCGAGUUCGUGACUUUCGGAGAACUAUCCGGAAUUUUUGCGGAUGCGCUGAGAGCCCAUCGUAUAGCGUGGGAUCGUGCCGGCGUCCUUCACCGUGAUAUCAGCGUGGGGAACAUCAUGAUUCGGGUCGGACUCGACGGGAAGAGGGCCGGCUUUCUCAUCGACUGGGAUCUGUCCCGACUUCAGUGCGAGCUUGGACUAGGUGCAGUGGAGCCCGACAGGACGGGAACUUGGCAGUUCCGGUCGGCAAUGUCUCUUCUCUACCCGAGGAAACCCUAUCGUCGGUCGGAUGACAUCGAGUCCUUUAUCUACGCAUACACAUACCUCGUCCUUCGCUACCACCCCAUCAACGUCAGAGACCUCCGGGAGAAGAUCGAGACCCUGUUCGAAGGUUGCUCCAUGAUUGGCGGUGUCAAGGUUGGCGGAGACGCCAAGCGCGCAUUGCUCCGCAGUGGUCAGCUAGACUUCGUGAUUGAGGACAGCCCAGACCUCCAAGAACUCCUGAACACUAUCUUGGCGCACUGCAAGACAUCUUACGACAGUAUCGACUACAUAGAGAUGGACCGUUUGUACGGCCCUAUCGAUGUCGUUGCUCAAACUCAAGCUUCCACACAGCGGCGUGCACUGACGAAGGUUGCGCAACGGCCUGGAAGGCAUGGAUUUGGAAUUCGCAGCGAGUUUGAGCGACUCCCCACCCUUGGCGCCGGCAACCGACCUCAUUCCCCUGCCCAGCCACAGUCUGCUACCGAGUUGUUCGACAUGGGGCCGUUCCUGUCUAACUCCAACUAUCUGAUGACCUUACUGUACGAGCACGCAGAGGAAACAAUCGACAUAGACAAUAAGGCGCCCGACCAGUUCACCACCAGGAGCCAUCAGGACGUUCUACGAAUGCCGGACGGUCCAAGCACACGCAAUAUCGGAACCCUGUCCACCAAUGGAACCGGUCCCUCUGGUCACGUAUCUCACGACAAUCGUUCCGCUUCCUCUCACGAUGGAUUCGGGAUAUUUUGGGGACCGGACCUCACGAAAGCUUCGUCGUCUUCUAGCUCGUCGAAGAAGCGACCGCUUGCUGAGGACCCCAAGGACGUCGUGGCAGACGGCGAUGGUUCUCUGGCUGUGCGUCGUAGCAAGCGCAUCAAGGCUAUCAAGGGUAAGGCACCCCGAGGACAGAGCCGCAUGGCCAAGCGGGGCUGA